AUGUUGAGACCAACCAUUACACCACCAGACUUGCAUACCGAUCGAAUACCCUAUCUGUACGACUGGCACAAGGAUCCUUUUCAGUCCAUAAAAAAUGCUAUUACACUGAACGAUAGUGAUGGACUGUAUGUGCAUGCAAUGAUCGAUCUUAUCCAAAAUAAGGACGGACACGUGUUCUACAGGAGAUUGAAAGUUUGGAUGAACGAAUAUUUCUGGGAGUGUAGAGAUGGUGUUGAUCUGUUGAGGGAGGACAUUCUACCUGAUGAUGAAGGGUUUGCAGGCAUGUUCAGCGCAAUAGGUCCGAACGAGGAUGAGGGGAUAGGAAAGCGAGAGGAUGUUGUGCAAGAUAAGAAGAAUAUAGCAGAACACGACAGAUGUGCAUCACCAGUCCAAAACGUUGAUGUUUUAGAGAAGAGUAGAUCCUCAAACAAACGUCAUCACAACAAAAAUAAUCAACCAAUGCAAUACACAGUUCCAUCACACAAGAGAAGAGAGGCACUCCGCAACCUCUAUGCUAUGGAACAGUGCUGUUAUGAUACGUGUGCAAACACAAAAGAGCCAUUCUGUAAAUGGUACGCUAACAAUCACUCGUUAUUUACUUCAAGAGAGAAAAAGAUACUGCAGGGAAAGGAACGUAGCCUAAACAUGCUCAAUAAUUUGCUGUACGAAAUUACUUUCAAAAGGUUAUGUGAUGGAGAAUGCUUUGUAAGAAGCGUGGAUGUGUUUAGGAAGAUGAAUAUGUCUCUCAAUGGGGUUGUUAAUGUCUUGCGGAUAGAUUUUAGUGUGGCACGAGGUAGGAGUUGUGGAAGAGGUGUACACUACGUUGCACAUUGUGAAGAGAAUGUACACCGUUCUGGUAGGGACUGCGAAAAGGCCUCAAACAGCAAGAACAAGUUAAAGAGCCGUAAGGAUGCAGAGGUACUACAAAGUGAUG